AUGGAUUCUGAGGACAUUUCAUGGUUGUUAGAUGGUGCUUCAUCAGCUGAACUGGGUUACCAGAUAGAUGGACUGAAUGAAAUUAAAGAUUUAUUUUCAUUUGUGAAUGAUGAUGUUCAGUUAUUUGAGGCAGCUCAAGAAAUUUGUAAUGACACAAAAACAAGUCAGGUUCUGUUUCAACCACCACUGAAUAACAACGUGAAUUUAGGUGCAGUUAACGGCAGCCAUAUGCACAAUAUUCAUUUUGAGAGUGAAUCAACUAAUACAUCGCAGCAGCAGUGUUUGCCUCAGGACAACUUCAACACAAAUGAAAAUAUUUCAUCACAACAACAAAAAAUAAUUAAAGAGCUGAUACCAAAAAUUCAAAAUGAUUCCUCAUCAGCCCAAUUAAUAUUACAAUUACUCAAUUUAGCAAAUUUGGAAAAUCAACGAAAAUCUGAAAGUUCUCAAUUAACAUCAGCACCACAAAAUAGUUUUAUAGAGCAGCAACAACCACAACAACACUUUGCGCCAUGUACAAAUUAUGAAAACACAUUUGAGACGCAGCAUGGCAUUGGUAUAAAUGGUUUAACCAGCUGUGGACCAACAACUGCUUGCCAAGCUCCAACACAAAGUCAGUACUCACAGCAAACAUUAAUCAUUGAACCGCAUCACACUUUUCUUCUCAGGAACAACAACGACUGCAUCCCAGCUCAACAUAUGUCACUGCAAAAGAAUGCAAUAAACAGUUCAUUAUAUGCACAAAGUAAUGUUUUGUCACAACAACAACAACAGCAUCAGUUGUUUACUACUAAUCAACCAAUACAAACACAUACCAUGAGACCGAACAUUGUGGUGCAGCCAGUGCAGCAGCAGCAACAACCACUUCAACAACAUCAGCAGCAUCAACUUCCCAUAAUGCCACUUCAACCGCAACAUAUCAAAACCUCUCAUCCACAAUUAAUUAUCAAUGGUUCUUUUGCUGGCCAACAAAACCAAUUAGAGCAAACUUUUGUAAAAAUUGAGAAUUAUCCUAAUACCAAUUUUGUUGGCAUAAACAGAGAUUUUUUGGAACUACCUAAGGAGAAAGCAAUGAUCGUGCAGAGUAGAAAAAAAUUUGCUUUUCACUGGACACAUUAA